AUGGCGCGGAUGAAGAAGAUGGCGAGGAUGAAGAAGAUGGUGAGGAUGGAGAAGAUGAGCACACCGACAUCGAGCACAUCGACAUUGAGCACAUCUACAUCGAGCACAUCUACAUCGAGCACACCGACAUCGAGCACAUCGACAUCGAGCACACCGACAUCAAGCACACCGACAUCAAGCACAUCCACAUCGAGCACAUCUACAUUGAGCACACCGACAUCGAGCACAUCUACAUCGAGCACACCGACAUCGAGCACAUCUACAUCGAGCACAUCUACAUCGAGCACACCGACAUCGAGCACAUCUACAUCGAGCACACCGACAUCGAGCACACCGACAUCGAGCACAUCUACAUCGAGCACACCGACAUCGAGCACAUCUACAUCGAGCACAUCUACAUCGAGCACAUCUACAUCGAGCACAUCUACAUCGAGCACAUCGACAUCGAGCACAUCUACAUCGAGCACACCGACAUCGAGCACAUCUACAUCGAGCACAUCUACAUCGAGCACAUCUACAUCGAGCACACCGACAUCGAGCACACCGACAUCGAGCACACCGACAUCGAGCACAUCGACAUCGAGCACACCGACAUCGAGCACAUCGACAUCAAGCACAUCUACAUCGAGCACAUCUACAUCGAGC